UCCCUCCUUUAAAUAUCCUUUGUUCAAUAUAUUGAUAAGAAAGCAGAGCUCUGAACCAAGUUCCUGAACUGUUGUGCUCGUUUUGGUUCUCCAAAGAAGAACUGCUGGCUCACAUCCUGAUCAACAGGGUUUUUUUAAUUGCUCACCGUACCAGGAGCUGGCAGCUUCACCUGGCUCCUAAUCAAACCUUGUUCAUAGCCAACAUGCACCAUGAGGAGCGUUUAGUGAGGAUGUUCCAUGUCACAGUCAGACUGCAGUGCAAUGACAGCACCAUUACUGUAUUCCAACACUUGGAAAAAGACUUCUUGUGCGCACAAAAUACAUGUUGAAAUUGGGCAUUUUCAGCGCACAAUCUUACUAAAUCCAACAUCUGCAGAAAACGUCCGAGUUGUAUUUGGUUGGAACUCAGACUGUUGUUAAAUCACAACAUCACAUGCAUAUCCUUUGUUCUAUAUAUUGAUGUUAAGAAAGUUCCUGGACUGUUGUUGACUGCAUUGCAAAGACAGCACCUUUACUGUAUUCCAACACUUGGAAAAAAAGACUUCUUGUGCGCAUUUUCACGCGUAAAAUACAUGUUGUGCAUUUCAGGAAACGUGAAUUUGGACAUUUUCAGCCCACGAUCUUACUAAAUCUGCAGGAAACGUCCGAGUUGUAUUUGAUUGGAACCAUAAACUAAAGACUGUUGUUAAACAACCACAUCACAUCAUAUGCACGCAGCUCUCCCGCACUGCUGCACACCUGAAGAGAAGAAGAGAGAGGUGGAGAGCGGAGUUUCAUGCGUAAAAUACAUGUUGUGCAUUGCAGGAAACGUGAAUUUGGGCAUUUUCAGCGCACAAUCUUACUAAAUCUGCAGGAAACGUCCGAGUUGUAUUUGGUUGGAACCAUAAACUCAUUCACAUCACAUGCAAGCAGCUCUCCUGCACUGUCUCCUGCACACCUGAAGAGAAGAAGAGAGAGGUGGAGAGCGGAGUUGUUGCACCACGUGCCCAGCUGUCAGUGCUGGCUGUGGAUAGAAGUGGUUUGGUGCGCACGAGUCCCUUCCACCACACGCAGGCUUAUCGCGCGCAAAACCGGAGACAACACGGACUGACUGAACGUGGAGAAACAAAGAGGAGAAAGAAAUAAAGGAAGAGAUAGAACAGCGCUUUUACGCACCGAGUCUUCUUCGUGAAGCUCCCCUUUCUGCCGGCGGCGCCCCCCCUCCUGUUGAGGCUGUGGUAUGAGCCUAUGUGGCAGGAAGGCGCUGACUUUGGUGAGCAGCGUGUUCGCUGUUUGCGCCCUGGGACUGUUGGGGAUCGCUGUGAGCACCGACUACUGGCUCUACCUGGAGGAGGGCGUCAUCCUUCCCCUCAACCAGAGCACCGAGGUACGCAUGUCCCUCCACUCUGGCCUCUGGAGGGUUUGCUUCUUGGCUGGUGAAGAGAAAGGCCGAUGUUUUACCAUAGAGUAUGUGAUGCCCACUAGCGUCCAGAUGACCUCUGAGUCCACUGUUAGUGUCCUGAAGAUGAUCCGCUCCGCCACGCCCUUCCCUCUGGUCAGCCUCUUCUUCAUGUUCAUUGGUUUUGUGCUCAGUAACAUCGGCCACAUCCGACCCCAUCGCACCAUCCUGGCCUUUGUUUCUGGAAUCUUCUUCAUCCUGUCAGGUCUCUCUCUGGUGGUCGGUCUGGUGUUGUACAUCUCCAACAUUAAUGAUGAAAUGUUGAACAGAACCAAAACUAAUGACGCCUACUUCACCUACAAGUAUGGCUGGUCAUUUGCCUUCGCUGCCAUCUCCUUCCUGCUCACUGAGGCUGCAGGUGUCAUGUCAGUGUACCUGUUCAUGAAGCGCUACACAGCGGAGGAAAUGUACCGGCCCCAUCAGGGCUUCUACCGGCCUCGUCUCAGCAACUGCUCCGACUACUCCGGCCAGUUCCUCCAUCCAGACGCCUGGACCAACGGACGUGGUCGCAGUGCCUCCUCCACCCUUUCUGAGGCCUCCGUCCAGAUGAACUCCUCCAACUACCCUGCUCUCCUCAAGUGUCCCGAGUAUGAACAAAUGUCCUCCUCGCCUUGCUGAGGCAGAGGAUGAAUCGUUGUGUGAGCACCAUAGGGGGCAUUUUUAUCGAUCUGGAUUUUGGAGUAAAAUUGUCCGAUAAUUUGAUAUUAUCCAGCUUGAAUGGCUCCCCUCUUCAGGUGUCCUGACUGUGACCUGAUUCUCUCUACCCUCCUUACUGCCGAUUUCUUUUCAUUUAUUACACUUUUUGCUUCAGUGGGGAGCAAAACGUAAGUUGAGGGUUAGCCAGUUCACUUAAUUCUCAGCUCAGUCUAGUUUCAAGGAGAGAGAGAGGAAAUAGUUUGAUCAGGUUUUAUCUGCUUUUUCCUCUAUUUUGUAGCGAUAGGUGACUUGCAACCUGCUGAACUAGCAAAGGUAGGGUGAAGUCGUAUGAAAGGAGUAACUUGAGUAGCCUCAACCUGCAGUGAGCAAGUCUACUAUUUGCUUGCAGUACUGCCACAAUCCUGAGAGCUUUCUGACAGGAUUACACACUGCACAUCUGCAGCGUUUAGAGCUGGAUAGGCAGCUAUGUGCAAUGGAUGCAGAGUCUGCAGGUUCUCACAACACUGCAGCACAUGCUUUCAGCCAGAGAGUGCAGGGGAUUAAUUCAUCUUAGACAGUCGUUCAAGAAACAUUUCCUCCAUUUGAUCACAAGAUCAUUGCACAAAUUGUGCAGACGUUUGAUUUAUAGUAAGGUUCAAAUCAAAUUGUUAAAGCUCCUUUCUUCUACAAAGUGCACAUGUGCACCAGUUGUUUCAGUAGCGUGCACAAGCAAGUUUCACUCGUAUUCUCAGCUGUCACUCCUCAGUUAGUUUGUUGUAUUAUACUGUUCUCAGACACAUCGCAGCUGUUUCAGACACGUUCAUGUGAAGUCACAUGCUAGAGCUCAGCUUAUGAUGCACAUGAUGAAUGUGAAUUUCAACCAUUCAAACAGAUCAUUUCAAUUGACAUGCCGUUUUAUAAACAGCCUCUGUUUGACUAGGGUUACUAGGUGAUUUGUUUCACACUGACUUUCACUUAUUUUCCUCCUUUAGGUCAUUUGCAUAGGAGCCAUUCAUUGUUAUGUAGCUACAGGUGUUUUCCGAAACUUUUAAAGUAACUGAAGGGUGGAAGGCGUCACUUUUUAUGUAUUUACAUACAUUAUAUGUGGUUGAAUAACACCGUGUAAAAUUCUUCAUUUGGAAGCUUGUAUUCAUCAGUCCCUUUCAGCAGUUUUAAGUAGUGACACCAAAGGAAAGGUUUGCGUUAUAGUCUUUUUUAAAGGCCUAAUUCUGAAUAUAUUAAUGGUUAUAUAAACUUUGAGUGUAUUAUUGUGUAUUCUUGUAAAGUAAAGGAAACAGCCAAAACAAAACAAAAAUGCUUUACAGCAAUACAGGACUGCUUUACAUCAGUGUUUCAAACACUACAGAUAAAUAAACCUUUUUAUAUUCUCAGAUUCCUGUAUACAGUGGUCUUCUUAAAACAUGUAUUUGACCAAAGUUUAAAAAGAAAACAAACAGUACAGGGGCAACACUGUUUGUGUUGAUCAGAUUGAAGUUAUAAAACAUUUUUUUAGUAUACAUUUAAAUAAAAACAGGAGGCCAAAGGAGAGAAUUUUGAAUUUGUGUGGUUUUGAUGGAGAAUGUGAAAGAGUCAGGUGGUAUUAAAGAUUAUUCUGGUAUGGAUCCAUUGUGAAUGUAAGAUGUGCUGAAGGAAACACUGCUAAAUGAGAUUUUUUUUUGCAUAAAGUAAAAUACCUCUUCUACAGAGAUAUAUUAACCCAAAUUAUAGAUGCAUAUUUUUCUAAUUUACCCCCUUACAACAGAGUAUCCUCAGAUGCUUAACAUACAGAUAGUCUGCGAUCCUCAAUGUGCCAAGGAAGAAGUUGUAUCCAGGUUAAGUGGCUUAAAGUCAAGUAUUGAAUAUAUACAUUUCAUGCAGCAUUACGUGUGAGUAAACAUAUUACAGAGAAGCAUUUUGUCUUGUGCAAUAAUUUUAUGUUGGUUUGAUAUAUUACUGAAGUUAUAAUUAUUGUCAGUAUUUAAUGUUGCAUGGUGUGAACUCCACAUAUUAUUAAUGGCAUGCAGCAUUUCAUCACUGGAUCGUCGUUCUCCAGACAUAAAACUAAUAAACACAAACUGUGCCAAGCUACGCUCACUCUGUUUUGGUAUAUAGACCAUUUUAAACACUGUAAAUAUGAAAUCAUCAGUGUGUAUAUAGAUUCAUUUUUUGUAUAGACGGAAGUACAUGUAAAAAUAAUAUGGAUGUUUUGUUGUUGGGUAUAUUUAUCUGCAGUAAAUGUGGCAGCUGCUUUGCCUCCUGCAUCACAUUGAGAAUGUGAGCUUUUGCAUAAUGUUAUACUUACAUAAAUGUAAAGUAUUCAGAUGGUGUCAUCGUCAGACAGGAAAUGUCAAUAUAUGUGCAUUUUUACAAUCCGAGUCAUUUUCAUGAUGUUAAAUGUGCAAUGGAAAAUGUAUACUCAACGAAAUAAAGUUUAAUGGGAUUUGAUAAACAAUAAGCUUGUUUCUUCUA